AUCACAUGGGCGAAAUAAAUUUCCAAAAUUUUAUCAAGUGAGACACAUGCACCUAUAUAUGUUGCAGACUCUUUGAGUUAUUGAUUAGCUGAAGAUUUGGCAAAGCACAAUAAGAGCCCUUUAGCUCACUCUCUUGUUCCUUAUUCCCUUAGCAGAUUAUAAGAGCAAUGGAGAUGAAAAAGCAGCUCCCACAUUGCUUAGUUUUUACAAUCUCUCUGUUACUUGUUAUAAUCUGGACUAAAGCUCAAGCCCCAGAUUAUGCAGAUGCUCUCACAAAAUCACUCUUGUACUUCGAGGCUCAACGUUCUGGUCGCUUACCUUACAAUCAACGGGUCACUUGGCGUGAUCAUUCCGGCCUCACUGAUGGAUUAGAGCAAGGGGUUGAUUUGGUAGGAGGAUACCAUGAUGCUGGUGAUCACGUGAAAUUUGGACUUCCAAUGGCUUUUACGGUGACAAUGUUGUCGUGGGGAGUUAUUGAAUACGGUGAAGAAAUUGCGAGGGCAAGAGAGUAUGAGCAUGCUCUGGAGGCAAUCAAAUGGGGGACUGAUUACUUCAUUAAGGCACAUACCAGUCCUAAUGUGUUAUGGGCAGAGGUAGGUGAUGGGGACACAGAUCACUACUGCUGGCAACGUCCAGAGGACAUGACCACAUCGCGACAGGCUCAUAAAAUUGAUGAGAAGAAUCCAGGUUCCGAUCUUGCUGGAGAGACUGCUGCCGCUAUGGCAGCAGCCUCUAUCGUGUUUAAGGAAACUAAUCCACAUUAUUCUCAUUUACUGCUGCACCAUGCCCAACAGCUGUUCGAGUUUGGGGAUAAAUUUAGAGGACAAUAUGAUAGCAGUGUGGGGGUAGUGAAGAGUUACUAUGCCUCAGUGAGUGGCUACAAGGAUGAGUUGUUGUGGGCAGCUCUGUGGCUAUACAAGGCCACCGACAAUGAGGUUUACUUGGAUUAUGUCAUCAAUAAUGCCGGUAAUUUUGGUGGAAUUGGUUGGUCUAUUUCUGAAUUCAGCUGGGAUGUUAAAUAUGCUGGAAUCCAAAUUAUAGCUGCAAUGCUGCUCCCUGAAGUAAAGCACAAAAAACAGAAGGAAAUAAUUGAACAGUACAGAUCAAAGGCUGAAUUCUAUAUUUGUUCAUGCAUGAGCAAAAACAACGGAACCAACAUUGAACGUACUCCUGGAGGCCUCUUGUUCAUACGCCAAUGGAACAAUAUGCAAUAUGUUUCGUCUGCAGCCUUUCUGCUGACAGUAUACUCGGAUUUUCUGUCAAACACAAACCAAAACCUCAGCUGUCACGGAAUAACAGUGACUCCUGAGGAACUUUUUGCAUUAGCCAAAUCACAAGUUGACUAUAUUUUGGGAUCAAACCCAAAGAAUAUGAGCUACUUAGUUGGAUAUGGUUCUAGAUACCCGACAAAGGUACAUCACAGAGGCGCAUCUAUUGUUUCAUAUAGAGUAAACAAAGGGUUCAUCGGGUGCACUCAGGGGUACGAUGACUGGUACAGCCAUUCUGAGCCAAACCCGAAUGUUGUGACUGGAGCAUUGGUUGGAGGACCUGAUAGAGAAGAUAAUUUUAGAGAUGAUAGAGGAAAUUAUAUGCAGACUGAAGCCUGCACAUACAAUACAGCACCGCUUGUUGGUAUAUUUGCGAAGCUAAAUCAGUUCUCUGAUUUACGAUUAAUUGCUUCCUACUAGGUAGAUAUAAUACAUAUCAGUGGUACAUAGAUACAUUACUAUGCAGUGAGUUUUGAAUUUGAUUGUAUGUGCUUGUGAACAUUUGUUAGAGCUGUAAUUUGAACAACAGCCCUAACACAUCAUAUGAUAUAGUAUCACACUUUUGUUUAUACAGAAAGGAAAGUGAAUUCUGGUC